UCUGUUGGGUUAUAUUGCACUUUGCUGGCCAUCUAAAGCGAAGCAAUCAAUUGGCUGUAUCUCAACCAACAAUUACAGCUGCUGCAUUAAAAUGGUACUCGUUGCUGCGGCAGUCUGCACAAAAAAUGGCAAAGUCAUAUUGUCACGUCAGUUCGUGGAGAUGACAAAAGCUCGCAUCGAGGGGCUGCUGGCAGCGUUCCCCAAGCUGAUGACGGCGGGCAAGCAGCACACCUAUGUGGAAACGGACUCGGUGCGCUAUGUUUAUCAGCCAAUGGAGAAGCUCUAUAUGCUGCUCAUCACCACAAAGGCCAGCAACAUACUUGAGGAUCUGGAGACGCUGCGCCUCUUCUCCAAAGUGAUACCCGAAUACAGUCACUCGCUUGAUGAAAAGGAGAUUGUGGAGAAUGCCUUCAAUUUGAUCUUUGCUUUCGAUGAAAUCGUUGCCUUGGGCUACAGGGAGAGCGUUAAUCUGGCGCAGAUCAAGACCUUCGUGGAGAUGGACUCGCACGAAGAGAAGGUCUACCAAGCGGUGCGUCAAACUCAGGAGCGUGAGGCGCGUCAGAAGAUGCGUGAGAAGGCCAAGGAGCUGCAACGCAUACGCAUGGAGUCCAUUAAACGUGGUGGCCCAUCCUCGGGUGGUUUGGGUGGACGCAGCGGUGGCUUCAGCUCCGACAGCUUCGGCAGCAGCGGUGUCAGCAGCGUCAGCAGUGGCGGCGGCGGCGGUGGCAAUGUGGGUGCACCAUCGAUUGAAAUGGACAACAAACCUCUGGCCAGCAAGACGGCACAAAAGCCCGUGUCACGCAAUGCUCUCAAGCUGGGCGGCAAGUCUAAGGAUGUGGAUAGCUUUGUGGAUCAGUUGAAGAGCGAGGGCGAAAAGAUUGCCAGUCUGGCACCAGCUGCUGCCGCUGGUGGUGCCGGAGCAGCGGCCAGUGCCAGUGCUGCCGCCAAGGCCAAAAUCUCAGCGGAUAUUCAUACCGAAAGCGUUCAUCUCAAAAUGGAGGAUAAGCUGGUGGUGCGUCUGGGACGCGAUGGUGGCGUUCAGCAAUUCGAAUUGACCGGUCUGCUAACGCUGCGCAUUACGGACGAGAAUUUGGGACGCAUUAAGGUGAAACUGGCCAACAACGAUACGCAGGGCAUACAGAUGCAGACGCAUCCCAAUGUCGACAAGGAGCUGUUCAAGACACGCGCUAUGAUUGGCCUCAAGAAUCCGGCUAAACCUUUUCCGCUCAACACCGAUGUGGGUGUGCUCAAGUGGCGUUUCAUCACACAGGACGAAUCGGCUAUUCCACUGACCAUCAAUUGCUGGCCAUCGGAUAAUGGCGAAGGUGGCUGCGACGUUAACAUUGAAUACGAACUGGAGGCACAACAUUUGGAGCUGCAGGACGUGGCCAUUGUCAUACCAUUGCCGUUGAAUGUGCAACCAUCGGUGGCCGAAUAUGAUGGCACCUACAACUAUGAUUCACGCAAGCAUGUGCUGCAGUGGCACAUUCCCGUCAUCGAUGCCGCCAACAAAUCCGGCUCGAUGGAAUUCAGCUGCAGUGCCUCCAUACCGGGUGAUUUCUUCCCGCUGCAGGUGUCGUUCGUUUCCAAAACACCGUAUGCGGCCAUCAGUGCGCAGGAUGUUGUCCAGGUGGAUAAUGAUACGUCCGUCAAGUAUUCAAGCGAAACGAUUUUGUUUGUGGAGAAAUAUGAAAUUGUUUAAGGUUCCCCCAAGCUCCCCCUCGCAAGCAAAGAAAGGAAAGCAAGAAAUACUAUACAAUAACGGCAGUAGUAAUAUAUACUUAGUAUAACUUUAUAUAUUUUUGAGCGGUUUUCUUCUUUUUUUUUCGUUUCGAUCGCAUUAUGUACGACUAUAUAUAAAUGUUAAAUCUAAAAUAUAUACAUAUAUAAAUAUUAUACAACAAAUACGCAUCCAUGCCGUGAUGCACUUGUUGCAAGUUGCAAGCACGGCUGAUCCGCAAGAAACAAGAAUUCCAAAUGUCGUGCUCCACAAUCCAUCAUCAUAGCGUCUAACACAUCAAAUACAAAAUGCAACUACUAUUUUGAUUUGAAAUAAACACACAAUAAUUCAGAAUGAAUGAAACAAUGUUAUUUAUAUUUGUUCAUUGUAAAAGUGUAAAUUUGUUUGUAAGUAAAUGAAAUUUGCCACAUAAUUAAGCGUAUAAUAAAAUACAAG